AUGCCGCCCGUGAGAAGUGCAGCUUCUCCCUCGCAGGAGACACAGCCACUGCCCCAGUUGCCCCUUUCGGAUGGUGUGUCGAGCCGUCUAAUUAAAACGCAAGCCCUCACGUUCCACAUUCUUGAGGCUGGAGCAACACCGGCCCACGAUCGUCCUUUGAUCGUCCUUUUACACGGCUUUCCGGAGAUAGCAUACUCGUGGCGCCGAGUUCUUCCUCGGCUGGCCGCUGCCGGCUUCUAUGCGGUGGCUCCUGAUCAACGGGGGUUUGGACGAACCACGGGUUGGGAUUCACACGACUACCACGAUGUAGAUCUGAUGUCGUUCUCAAUGACCAACUUGGUACGCGAUGUAAUCGUGCUGGUGCAUGCAUUGAGCUAUCGCUCCGUGCAGUGCGUUGUGGGGCAUGACUGCGGAGCAAUGUCAGCCUCCAUGUGCGCUCUGAGCCGUCCAGACUUCUUUCGCAGUGUGGUGCUGAUGAGCCAUCCGUUUAAUGGCAGUCCGACCCUGCCUUUCAACACCGCUGACAGAGAGAGUGAUGAUAGUAGAAAUGCACCACGGGAGACCGCGCCAGAUAUACACACCGCACUGGCUGAAAGGGGCCGUAAGCACUAUCAAUGGUACUACUCGACCCCUGAGGCAAAUCGAGACAUGUCCAGCCUGCCGAGAGAUCACAUGCACCGCUUUUUGCGUGGGUAUUUCCAUCUGAAAAGUGCGUCUUGGUCCAGGAAUGAUCCCGUGCCGCUGAAGAGCUGGACUGCGGAAGAGCUGAUCAAGAUGCCCGGAUACUAUAUCAUGUCUCUAGACUGCACCAUGCCUGAGACGGUGGACCGAGACAUGAUUGAUGAACCAACACAGGGCACAAGCUCCUAUUCAUGGCUCCCAGACGAAGAACUGGCUGUGUAUGUUGACGAAUAUGUCCGCACAGGCUUCCAAGGUGGAUUGAAUUGGUACCGUGUGCGGACUGCACCAGAAGAUCGCUUCAUGCGGGACUGCGAUAUCUUCGCCGGCAAGAAGAUUGAGUGUCCUUGUGCAUUCAUCUCUGGCAAACAAGACUGGGGUAUCUAUCAAGUGCCGGGGGCUUUAGAGAAGAUGACCCGUGGCGAGGUGUGUUCCGCGUUCCGAAUACUUCGUUUGCUUGAUGGCGUUGGACACUGGGUUCCCCAAGAGGCGCCGGAUGCAGUGGUGCAAACAAUUCUCGAUUUGGCCGAGGAGUUGAGGUGA